CCUACCUGGCGUGUUUGUUCAUCAUGAUCAGCUGCUCUGGACCAGUUUCAGCCCUUCACGUCCCUCCGGCGACCACAGGCCUCCGCUCUGCUUUCUCUGCCACCCGAACCAGCAGCGUGGUGGGAGGCAAGCAGAAGGCAGUGACCUUCAACAAGCUCAUGGUCAACAUCGGGGGGGAUUUUAACCCAGACAGCGGCCACUUCCGCUGCCGUGUCCCGGGGGCUUAUUACUUCUCCUACUCUGUGGGGAAAUUUCCCAAGAAAAUGCUCUCAGUCAUCCUGGUGAAGAACGGAGAGGAGGUUCAAGCCAUCGCUUACGACGACUACCGCAAGAAAGGGAGGAAAGUUCAGAGCCAGAGUGUGAUGAUCAGUUUGAAGGAAAUGGACACUGUGUGGCUGCUUUUACAGCAGAGCCCCCAGUACGCUUUGUACAGCAACGCCGGGCCUUACAUCACCUUCUCCGGUUAUCUCGUCUAUCCUGACAUCCCCCCAACCAGCUACAUCAGCAACCACCUGUCCUCACCGGCCCUGUCCUACCCAAACUGUCCCCCUCAGGCUGAUGCCGGGGUCAGAGGUCAGACGAUGGAGCAGUCGGCCUUCUCCGUGGCCCGGACGUCUACGUUAAUGGGUCACAGCAGCAGGCAGCAGGACAAGCCGCCUCUGACCUUUGACGUGGAAUACGUCAACAUUGGAGGCCAUUUCAACAAAUCCUCGGGCCUGUUCACCUGCCACGUCCCAGGAGCGUACUUCUUUGCCUACACUGUGGGGAAACACCCUCGUAAGGCGGUCUCUGUGAAGCUGAUGACGGGGAAAGGCGAGGUGCAGGCGAUGGUGUUCGAUGAGGACACGUCAAAGAGGAGGGAGAUGCAGAGUCAGAGCUUGUUGCUAUCUCUCCGCAGGGGUCACAGAGUUUGGCUGUACAGCCAGCAGGAUGAGCGCUACGCUGUUUACAGCAACCAGGGGAGGUACACCACGUUUUCUGGCUUCCUGGUUUAUCCUGAUGCAGAGUCGCCUCCCAACAACCAGGACAGAACUCACCUAUAAAUGUCAUAACUCUCCUUAUCACUGGUUUUAAAUCUGUUAAAUCUGUUAAAUCUGUAGCUUAUUUCCAUGUGGAUUAAUGGGAAAGAAUCUUCACUCUGGGGUCAGUGUAGUAUAAGCGCUUUUUUUCUUUAUCUGUUAUUAAUAUUUUCUUUUCUUAGUAAAUAAUAAUUGUAAAUCCAAGGGUAUCUUUUGCUACUGAUGUACUCCACAAGAUGGUGCUGCAACACAAUGAUGGGCAUUAACCAGGAGGCAGGAUGGUUAGUGUUGUCCUUAAAGUGCAAUCAACUGCAAGAAAUCACACAAAAAAUGUGUGUUUAUAUAAUAACUUCUUUAUUAAGCAACAUUUUGGGGGGGUUCUUUUAUAUUUGAAGCUUUUUAAAAGUGGAUUAUUACAAUCACUAUUGCAUGGUAAGAAUAAAUGAAAAUGUAUAUUCUGUAAAGUUUAUUAAAAUGUACUUACUAUAAAAAAAGACCUGUGGACAUGUUAUGUAUGGAACUUUUAUUUUGUAGAUAGAUCUGUUGUAAUGUUUUGCAUGCAUUUAGGUAAAAAUGUAAUAAGCCAUUCACUUAAAUCUAUCAAAACAUGAUUAAUUCUUAGAAGUCAAAUGAAAACUCAGUAUCAGUUGAAUUUAUGUUAUAUGCACUAAAAUACAAAAUGAUGGGUCAUUACUGUAGAAGUUCUCACUAUGAUAAAUGCUUCUUUCUACACAAAAUAGCUCCUACAACCAUUAAUAAUCGAGGUAGUGUUGUUGCUGCAAGUAUUAAAGCUUCUUCUUCUGCUUCAUAGUUUUAUAUCAAAAACUGAAGAGCGUAACUUAUCACUAAAAGCAAGCAAGCAAGAAAGAAAGAAAGAAAGAAAGAAAGAAAGAAAGAAAGAUGGAUAAAGAUACUAAUGGAAGAACCAAACAUUCAACAUAAGGUCUGCAAUAAAAAAAAUUAAUAAAAGUUCUACAGCAAUGUUAAAUAUUCUUUAUUGUCUAUUACAAAUUGGCUAAAACAUGCAAAAACAUAGUUAUGGUCCUAUAAUUUGAGGUGCUUUUGUUUUUAGUUAACUGUGGGAAUAAACAAAGCAUAAAAAACAAAAUGAUUUUUGUGUGGUUUUGUCACAAAUUAUACAUUAGACCAUUAUACAGUAUAUCAUACACAUUAAAACAACUCUUAGAUAUAAAUAUUGGAACAUUUGGCAAUUUGAACUCUGAGUUUAUUGAGAUGAAGUUUAAAAAAUGGUGAUUUUAAUUUCCCGGAUGUACCAGAUGUUGUCUCUGAGUUCUAUGAAUAACUGUAUCCUCUUUGCAGGCUAACACGUACGAAAAAUGCUCCUAUGUAAACCUCUUAACUGAAAAGCUGAGAACACUGUCGUUUAUUGAGGGAGAAAUACCUUUUUUGUGUUCUACAUGUGGUGAGGUCUACACAGGAGAAGAUUAACAAAUAACAUACAAAUCUUUUUCACGAGCACCAUCUUGGCUUUGAAUACGUUCCAGUGUUUGUACUAG